AUGGACAUGAAAAAUCAAACAAGGAUUUUAGAAUUCAUUCUUCUUGGAUUUGAAGAUCUACAUUAUCUGAAAAUUCCCCUCUUCCUGUUCUUUUUCUUCAUUUACAUUCUGACGUUGGCUGGAAAUCUUCUCAUCAUCAUACUUGUUGUAAGUGACCAACACCUUCACAUCCCAAUGUAUCUUUUCUUAGGAAACUUGUCUUGCCUAGAAGUUUGUUCCAGUUCAACCAUUCUGCCUAAGGUACUGGCCAGCUUCCUAUUGACCAACAAAGCCAUUUUGAUUAGGGAUUGCAUGUUGCAAUAUUUUUUCUUCUGUGGGUUUACUGGCACAGAAUGUUAUCUUCUCUCUGUGAUGUCUUAUGAUCGGUACAUAGCAAUAUGCAAACCGCUGCACUAUGCCACAAUUAUGAAUAACAGGUUCUGCAGAAAUAUGGCAUUUGGAUCUUGGUUAAAUGGAUUUCUUGCCAGUGCUAUUGUAGUUUUAUGUAUGUUGCAACUAAUUUUCUGCGGUCCAAAUGAAAUCAACCAUUUUUUCUGUGACUCGCCUCCAGUUUUAAAACUCUCCUGCAGUGACACACAUGCUGUUUCCAUGGUGAUAUUCCUUCUCUCUUCUGCAUUCACAUUCCCCCCUUUUAUCCUUACUUUGAUUUCUUAUGUGUGCAUCAUAUUGACAAUUUUGAGAAUAUCCUCUGAAGCAGGGAGACAAAAGACCUUCUCUACAUGUUCCUCUCAUCUCCUUGUUGUGACAAUUUUCUAUGGGACUCUCAUGUCUGUGUAUGUGUUGCCUGAAACCAAUAAGGUGAUAAAUCUGAAAAAGAUCUUAUCCCUCUUCUACACCAUUUUGACACCUAUGGUGAACCCUUUUAUCUACAGUCUGAGGAACCAAGAAGUCAAGAUGGCUGCUAGGAAACUAUUUCACAAGUGUUGGACAAAAAGUUGA